CCCGCCACAGAGGAGGAAAAGAGCAAAAAGUGCAUCUUGCUGAAGGAGCAGAUACAAGCCAAUGAUGCGGCUACAUGGCCCCCAACAGUACAGAAAUUGGUUGAAGCGAAAUCCGUGGAGUUGAAACCAUAUGACCUUCACCUUGAUUAUGACUACUGGCUCUAUCGUAUGUGCAAUCGGGAGAUGCAACUGUCAAAAUGCAAGUACUAACAUACGUUGCAGACGAUAUUCUUUCUUCAAUACUACCAGAGGAACAUCUUGAGGAAACCCCAGCAGGUUUCAACCAAGUUGGCCAUGUUGCACACCUUAAUCUGAGAGAGCAAUAUCUCCCAUAUAAAUAUCUAAUUGCGGAAGUUAUCCGAGAUAAAAACUCGACGGUCCGAACAGUGAUCAACAAGGUGGACGAUGUUGGCGCAAACAGCGAAUAUCGCACUUUUGCAUACGAGCACCUGGUUGGGGACGAAGAUAUGAACGUUGUCCAGCAUGAGCAGGGAUGCGAGUUUGCAUUCGACUACUCCAAAGUAUACUGGAAUUCACGCCUAGGAAACGAACAUACAUACCUUGUUGGCAGGUUUAGAGAGGGAGAAGCAGUAUGUGAUGUCAUGGCUGGCGUUGGACCCUUUGCCCUGCCAGCGGGUAAGAAGAGGGUAUUCGUUUAUGCGAAUGACCUUAACCCUCACGGAUAUGAGAAGCUGAAAGAAGGUGCUGCCCGGAACAAAGUCAGAGAAUUCGUUCAACCAUUUAACAUGGAUGGAAGGGAGUUUAUCCGACACGCUUCCCAGGAGCUAUGCGUUAACGGGCCACGUCCUGUCAAGAUAUACCCGAAAGUAAAACGCACCGAGGCCGCUGAGAAGAAAACUGUUCCUCCACAAGUAUACAAAUGCCCACCUACCUUUGACCACUACGUGAUGAACCUUCCAGCUUCCGCGAUUGAGUUCCUAGACGCUUUUGUCGGUGUUUACGCUGGAAAGAAGUCAAUGUUCGAGCCGCACACCCAGCGCAAACGCCCAUUUGUGCAUGUUUACUGCUUUUCAACCAACUCUGAUGAUAACGCUGUUGAGUUUGCGGAUAUCUGCAACCGCAUUUCGGAAAGGAUACAGUACAAGAUUACCCCUGACGAUAUGAUUGGUGGUACGGGAAAGCAGGAUCUUGAGCUUGAGAUUCGUGACAUCAGACUUGUCUCGCCGAAUAAGAGAAUGUUCUGUGCUUCCUUCAGGCUCCCGGCAGAAGUAAUAUUCAAGUCCUGA